AUUUGGUACCAAUUGCACAACUCGAAUUAAUUGGGAUCCUUCCUAUUUACCAUAAUCAGAACGAACCAUAACUAGGUAGGUAUAACCAUAACCAGUAUCCCCAAUUUACUGCCCACGACAACAAUAACACUAUGCGAUCGCGAUACUAAUUCUCAUUCUCAUUCUCAUUCUCAUUUUCUGUUAUUUGAAGUACUUCUUUACCCGCUCAUGGAUGUAUAUUUUACCAACCUCUGAAUCAUAUCAGUCUGGCCACACUAAAUCGCACAACUCCAGAUGAGAUCGCCGGUAUCAUCAGUAAUUCCAUUAGGUGCUAGGUGCUAGCUCUAGUCCUUCUAUCGCAGCAAGGGGAUAUUGUUGGAAGAUCCGCAUUACAACUCCCGAUGAAGGUAUGCACACUUCUAUGGAUACUUAUCACAUUGUGCGACGCGACGUCGUGGGAAGAGAAGCAGUAUCAGGGCAGUGGUUGCAAGUCAUCUUACCCAACAACUCUCACACUUGUCUGUUGGACACCCAAGCCGGCUUUCUCUCUUACUAGUGCCUUUUUUACUAGACCUUAGCCUUCCCACAUAAUACCUUUACAUAAAUCUCUACUCAUUAGAACUGUUGCGAUAAAUCUCACUAACUUCUUUUCACCCCAAUAGACCUCUUCGAGACCUAGAGAACUUGGUGGGAGUUUUGUACCUAGAAAUGAUGCCCGGAUCUCAAUCUCUGACCCGAAUCAUCACAUAACUGAGGCUAUUGGAGACAUGUAUGGGGAUGAUGAUUACUCAAAACGCGAUUCAAGACCUCUUAGCUUUAUCCCUCCCUCUUCCAAUGAGUCUUUUGAAGAUACAGCAAAUUCAUUUUACGACACGAAUAAUAGCAUUAGACCGGGGCCGACACCCUUAACAAAUGGAAACCACAAAGCGCAUACAUCACCAGCAAUUAUGCAGAGUCCCAGGAGUCCCACAUUUGGGGAUGGAAAUCCUAUAUCACCAUCUUUGUCCUUACGUGAUCCUAAUGCAGGAGGUGCAGCAAAUGCGGAGUUUCCGCUGAACGAUAUCGACUAUGAAUCCGGCCCGGCUGCUGUCGCACAAGAACUCAGUAACUUACAAGCGUUACGUCGAAUGUCUAUGGAUGUGGGCAAUACCAGUGAUCCGGAUCUGCCAUCAUUCCAAGGUGUAUCUUUAAUGCCUACAGCAGCUCCAACAGGGAAUGACGACGAGGACGAUCCAUCGCGACUCUUCUGGGUGCCUGCUAGAGUUCACCCUGAGCUUGCACCCAUGGAAUUCAAAACGUUUCUGGAAAACCGCGUUCAAUCAAUUAAACGACGAUCUGGAGAUCAGACUUCAUUGGCACCUAACGGCACUGAGCAAAGUGGAUCUGGGGUUGGAUUGAGGAGGAAGAAAUCUAUGCUGUCGAGGCAGAUUGAUAAUUCGGGUGGUCGAGGAGCUGUAGGGUACAAAGAUGGGGCGGAACAACUGGAGAGGAAAAAGUCUCUAUCAUCACAUCAUACACCUGAUUUAAGGAUUUCGGAUCUUCAGGAAUUGGAUGAACUGGUGAGGGAUCCUUCAGCAGCAAUGCAGAAAUUGAGUAUCGAGACUGGAAGCGAAGGCGAAGAUUUACCUAUUUUACCACAAGCACCGGGAAUCGGCCUGAGGAGGUCUACGCGCACUACGUAUAGGAGGGGAAGCGUGAGAAAAGGAGAGCGGGUACCAUUCUCAAAGAGGGCAGGCUCUAAUCGAGGUGAUGCUGAAGGGGAAGAUUCUGCAGCGGCUUCGCCGAUUGAUGGGCGUCCAUCUGCAAGCUCCCCUCUUACACAUACGCAAUCGGAACCCUUGGGUAACACGGAUAAUUUUUCUAGACCCAACAGGAGUGCACGACGUAUGCAGAACAUAGAACAAGCCCCGCCGGUUCCCUCGAUCCCGGAUAAUGUUGCCAAACAGUUGUCUGCACAAUCUGAUUCUCCAGCCUCUGUUUCAGCUGCAGAACUAACGCCCGACCCAAGCCAACAGCCGCCCCAGCCUAGCCAUGAUGAUUCUCGAUCAAGAAGCACUAGCCACCCUCAAAAGGAUUCUCCAGUCCCACGUAUAGUAGAGACCCCACCUCUACCAGAAGAAGGUUCACAACCACAGACAGGCAAACAACCCAUUCAGUAUCCUGAAAGAACAUCUUCACAGACCAGUCAAGCAUCACAAAAGCAAUCAAGUCCUCAAGCUCUUCCUCAAACAGCUCCAAAGCCCACUCCAGAACCUCCAGCAAAAUCCAACAAGCGCCCGGUAUUGGAGCAUCAAGCUUCCUCCAGUGGUGCAGCCCUCCCAAAAACAGCAACGGCAAAUGACAUGCAUCAACAGCAGCAACCUUCGCCAACUCCAGUGAAUACACUAAGACCUGAUGUCCCCACUCACAUUCCAACCGUUGACGACAAGAAAUCCGACAAGAAGACGAAAAAGGAGAGAGAGGAAGAGAAUUCUGGGCCUCGAAAGACUAGCUGGGGCUGGUUCAAAGGGAGUGACGAAAAGGAUAAGAAGGAUAAGAAAAAGGAUGAGAAGAGUAGGUCGAAGGUUUCAUUAGACAAAACACACGACAAUGCUCGUUUGGAUGUUCUGCAGUCCACCAUGGAGACAACUACGAGGGGCCGCGAGAGCUUCUUAGUCGAAAGAGAUAAUGUUGAUAACAAACCCGAAAAUGACCGAAAGAAAGAAGGUAGCCGUAAAGCUGGUGCGGAGCCUAAAAAGGAAAAGGACGGCAUCUUUUCAUCGCUUUUUGGUGGUGGAAAGAAGAAGGCCGAUCGUGAUCCAGGCAGUAAAAAGGAUAGCUCCCUCCGCACUCUUUCACCGGAACCUCAGCACCGCGUGUUGAAGCCAGAUAUUGACUAUAACUGGACAAGAUUUUCAAUAAUGGAAGAAAGGGCAAUCUAUCGCAUGGCUCAUAUCAAGCUAGCGAAUCCUAAACGGGCAUUAUACAGUCAGGUUCUGCUUAGUAACUUCAUGUAUUCAUACUUGGCCAAGGUUCAGCAGAUGCAUCCACAUAUGCAAAUACCUCAGUCCGCGCAGCAGAAGAAGGCAGAGGCGGAAAGGAAGCAAAAGGAGCAAGAACAGCAAUAUCGAGAGCAACAAGAACAGUUGAGACAGCAGCAGCAGCAGCAGCUAGAGGGGGGGGAUCAAUAUCGAUAUGAUUACCAUCAGGUAUGAGUCCCUUGAAUUUUUGUCAGGACUUAUAAAAUAACCGGGGCUAACAUUUUAGUAGGGCAUUACCCAAUAUGCUGAACAGUCUCAAAACCCAAAUCAUUCUGCUGAGGGUGUUAAUUAUGUCGAUGAUUCUCAAAUAUAUGAUUACGAUCAUCAAGGAAGUGAGCCUGGGCAGGAUCAUAAGCGUCCACAGUCCCGCACCGGCCAGAACAAUAGUGAGAAUGGUUAUAAUAACGAUCAAAAAUACUACGAUUAUGGGCGAACACAAUCACAUGAUCAAGCAACCGAGGAGGGGGAGAUGUGGUAGCGUAAAUAUGGCUGUUGUUGCAAAUAUUAUCUUCGGGUCUCCUUUAUGCAUACAACGAUGGAGUAUAGGCGCUGUUUCAUAUCUGGAUGGAUGCUUGUGGUAUUGGGAAGGAAAUUAAUUGAUCGGAGGCAUAGCGUCUGGUUUUCUGUUGAAGUUUCCCUUGAUGAUAGGGGAUUCCUCAAACCCCGUUUUUUAUGUCACAAUCUGCUACACUUACAGUGAGUAGGUGUGCAAUUGUUUAUAUGUACAACAAGAAAUUAGCUCUUGCUCUCGUGAAGGCAAGUAGAUUAGGCGCGGGUAAAUAUCCAAAUUUGGAUGCUGAUCCAAAACUUUGAAUACUCUAUGAAUGUAUAUACUUUGAGCUUUCAUAACAUAUCAUGAUGAAAGGAUUGUUGAUUGUCAUCAUUUGUGUUCAAUGCG